AUGGGUCGCUCUAAGGAGCUCAGUGAAUUCAAGCGUGGUACCGUGAUAGAUUGUCACCUGUGCAAUAAGUCCAUCCAUGAAAUUUCCUUCCUACUAAAUAUUCGGUCAACUGUUAGUGGUAUUAUAACAAAGUGGAAGCAACUGGGAACAACACAACUCAGCCAUGAAGUGGUAGCCCAUGUAAAAUGACAGAUAACUAAAGACCGCCAAACUAGUUUUAGUGAAGGGAACUCUUAAGGCGUCAGCAUACCAAGACAUUUUGGCCAAUUUCAUGCUCCCAACUUUGUGGGAACAGUUUAGGGAUGGCCACU